GUCUACAGACACAGAGUAGAAGAAGAAGGACAAGAUGGCGGAACGAGGCUACAGUUUCUCCCUCACCACAUUUAGCCCUUCGGGUAAACUGGUCCAGAUUGAAUAUGCCCUGGCAGCUGUAGCAGCCGGAGCACCCUCAGUCGGCAUCAAAGCUUCCAAUGGAGUUGUCCUGGCAACAGAGAAGAAACAAAAGUCUAUUCUGUAUGAUGAGCAGAGUGUCCAUAAAGUGGAGCCUAUCACUAAACACAUAGGCAUGGUCUACAGUGGCAUGGGCCCUGACUACAGGGUUUUAGUACGAAGAGCACGGAAGUUGGCACAACAGUACUUCCUGGUUUACCAGGAACCAAUCCCCACAGGCCAGCUUGUCCAGAGAGUGGCCUCCGUAAUGCAAGAGUACACACAGUCUGGUGGAGUGCGUCCCUUUGGCGUUUCAUUGCUGAUAGCUGGAUGGGAUGAAGACCACCCCUACCUGUUCCAGUCAGACCCCUCCGGUGCAUAUUUUGCUUGGAAAGCCACAGCCAUGGGAAAGAACUAUGUUAAUGGAAAAACAUUCCUUGAAAAAAGGUAUAACAACGACCUGGAAUUGGAAGAUGCCAUCCACACAGCUAUCUUGACACUGAAGGAGAGCUUUGAGGGUCAGAUGACAGAGGAGAACAUUGAGGUGGGGAUCUGCAAUGAGGCUGGCUUCAAAAGACUCACCCCAGCGGAGGUGAAAGACUACCUGGCAGCCAUUGCAUGAACACACUCUCCCUGAUGACAGGGCUUUCAGGCCACAUUUCAAGACAAAGGCAUAACAGCACAUUAGCCAUCAGUCUCAUGACACAUUUUUGUAAACCACAGAACAUGAAAGGAUGCCCGCCAUAACCUCAUUACAGUCAAGAUUAUUAGCAUGAAGUGGCAGAAUCAGACAGCCUGUUUGGGACUAUGCCAGACCUAUUUACUUAAAGUAAAAGCCUGUUGUGUGUGCCACUCACAACUACAUUGACUAAACUCCAUCAGUGGCUGUGAGCUGGUAAACUCAUGUUAUCACCUAACUGGCUUUCUUAACCACCUACCCAGGUCCUGUGAAAUGUGGCAGAUGCCUAAUGUGCAAAUGAUAAGGAAUGUGGGCUCUGAUGAGUGAAAUCUCAAAUCUUCCAUUGAAUCCUUAAUUUUUCUUUUUUGUUAUUGCUGUGGCAAAGGCAAUCCUCUCAGUUUGAAAACCAAGCACGUUGUUUUAUGCAUCCAUUCAAAAUUCUGUUGCUUGCAACCAUUAUGACAAAUGGUGUGUGGUUGCACAAAAAGCAAAAAAUCAAAAUGGUAACAAGGUUAGAAACCAGAGAGAGCUUCUCUCUCUGGGGGAGAUUUAUUUAGUGACCAAACUCUUUCCUGCACUUAAUUAGCGUGGAUCAGCAAAAGGGAGCAAGAAGGGAGGAUACAAUUGAAAGUUUUGAGAUUUUUCAAUCAGAAUCUAAUUGCCUGUACAGCAGUUUUACACCGUGUACUCUUAUUUUUUUCAGGCUAGAAACAAUUCUAGAGUUUGUAUUUUUUCUUCUGGUAUCUGUCAUUUAUUCAAAUAAAAGAUGAUGAGUGGA